CCCAAGUGUUUGAGGUUGCUGUGAGCUGUGAUGCCACAGCACUCUACCCAGGGUGAGAGCCUGCGACUCUGUCUCCCCCAAAAAUAAAUAAAUAAAAGACAGAAAUAUCACAAAUUAAUAACCUAAUGUCACACAUUGGGGUUCUAGAAAAAUAAAAACAAACCAAACCCCAAGCUGGUAGAAGACAAGAAAUAACAAAAAAUCAGAGGAGAACUAAAUAAAAUUGAAACAAAAAAGAACAAUAUAAAGGAUCAAGAAAACAAAAAUUUGAUUCUUUGAAAAGACAAAUAAAACUGAUAUACCACACAAAAAAAAAAUAAAAAGAAAAGAAAAGAAUUGAUAGACCACUGGGUAGAUUAACUGAGAAAAGAAGAAAAUGAUUGAAAUAAGGUCAAUCAGAAAUGUAAAAGGAGACAUUAUAUCAUGAUAUCAUAGAAAUGCAAAAGAUCUUCUGAGACUACUAUGAACACCUCUGUGAACACAAUCUAAAAAUUCUAGAGGAAACGAAAGAUGGCGGUGACUGGUUCAGUUUGCUUCAGGAUCCACAGCAGGCUUUACCUGUCAUUGAAGGGUCAACGUGCAGGACUUUGUGAACGAAUAUCAAGUUUCAGAUUUUAUUCUGGAAGUACAACCCUCCCAAAAGUUGAAGGAACUGAUGUAACAAGGAUUGAAGAAGUGGUUAUUCCAAGAAAGAAAUCUUGGGAUAAAGUGGCCGUUCUUCAGGCACUUGCUUCCACAGUAAACAGGGACACCACAGCUGCACCUUAUGCAUUUCAAGAUGAUCCCUACCUUAUUCCAGCAUCUUCUGUGGAAUCUCGUUCAUUUUUACUGGCAAAGAAGUCUGGGGAGAAUGCAGCAAAGUUUAUUAUUAAUUCACAUCCCAAAUAUUUUCAAAAGGACAUAGCUGAACCACAUAUACCGUGUUUAAUGCCUGAGUGCUUUGAACCUCAGAUCGAAGAAGUAAGUGAAGCUGCCCUAAAGGAACGAAUCAAGCUCAAAAAAGUCAAAUCCUCUGUGGACCUGUUUGAUCAGCUUUUGCAAGCAGGAACCACUGUGUCUCUUGAAACAACAAAUAAUCUCUUGGAUUUACUGUGUUACUAUGGUGACCACGAGCCCUCCACUGAUUAUCCUUUUCAGCAAACUGAACCGUCAGAGGAAUUGGAAGAGGAAAGUAACAAGAAAUUCAGGAAGAAGGCUGGUCAUCAGAUUGGAGCUACAUGGAGCGCAAAAAACAAUGCUGAGAGAAUCUUUACAUUGAUGCCAGAGAAAAAUUCACAUUCCUACUGCACAGUGAUCCGAGGGAUGGUGAAACAUCGAGCUUAUGAGCCGGCAUUAAACUUGUACACUGAAUUAUUAAACAACAGACUCCAUGCUGAUGUAUACACAUUCAGUGCAUUGAUUGAAGCAACAAUGUUGGGGCUGAAUGCGGGUUUUGAGGAAAAAUGGAAUAAAACACUGGAGCUACUGAAACAAAUGGUUGCACAGAAGGUGAAACCAAAUCUACAGACUUUUAAUACCAUUUUGAAAUGUCUCCGAAGAUUUCAUGUACUUGCAAGAUUGCCAGCAAUACAGACCUUACGAGAAAUGAAAGCCAUUGGAAUAGAACCCUCGCUUGCAACAUAUCACCAUAUUAUUCAGCUAUUUUAUCAACAUGAAAACAUUUCAAAAGGAUCAUCCCUGAUCAUCUAUGAUAUAAUGAAUGAAUUAAUGGGAAAGAAAUUUUCUCCAAAGGAUCUGGUUGAUGGUAUGUUUUUUCAGUCAGCCAUGAGAGUUUGCUCAUCUCUCAGAGAUCUGGAACUUGCUUACCAAGUACAUGGCCUUUUAAACACUGGAGAUAACCGGAAAUUUAUGGGACCUGAUUAUCGCCGUCAUUUCUAUUAUUCCAAGUUCUUCACUUUAAUUUGUCUAAUGGAACAAAUUGAUGUCACCUUGAAGUGGUAUAAGGACCUGAUACCUUCAGUUUUCUUUCCCCACUCCCAAACAUUGGUAGAUCUUCUCCAAGCAUUGGAUGUGGCCAAUCGGCUAGAAGUGAUUCCUCGGAUUUGGAAAGAUAGUAAAGAAUGUGGUCAUACUUUCCACAAUGACCUGAAGGAAGAGAUUCUGAUUCUUAUGGCAAGGGAUAAGCAUCCACCAGAGCUUCUGGAGGAGUUUGCUGACUGUGCCGCUGACAUCAAAUCUGCUUAUGAAAGCCAAGAUGGCAGACAGACUGCUCCAGAUUGGCCAGCCAUCCCUCUCAACUGUAUAGCUGUCCUCUUUUUAAGGGCUGGGAGAACCCAUGAAGCAUGGAAAAUGUUGGGGCUUUUCAGGAAGCAUAAUAAGAUCCCUAGAAAUGAGUUGCUGAAUGAGUUCAUGGACAGUGCAAAAGUGUCCAAUAGCCCUGCCCAGGCCAUUGAAGUGGUAAAACUGGCGAGUGCUUUCAGCUUACCUAUUUGCGAGAGCCUUUUCCAGAGAGUAAUGACUGACUUUGCCAUCAGCCAGGAACAAAAGGAAGCCCUAGAAAACCUAACUGCAUGGACCAGUGACAGUGAUAGUGACAGCAGCAGUGACAGCGACAGUGACAUCAAUGAAGGCAAAUGAAAGUGGGAUAUUCAGUAGUAAUGAUGACAUCACCGUAGCUGCUGGACUCACACUUGAAAACAGAUACUAAUAUUUAACAAUGUUUCAAAGAAAUAGAGGAUGCAGAUUUGGUGAAUUUUGGUACUGUGAAACACUGGACAGAUGCUACGUUAUAAUUUGCUACUAGCCAAACCACCUAUUAACUGUAGCAUUCCAGGCUUACCAUGUAAGCUGCAGCUCUUGUGGUCAGGAUAAGAUCUGUAUAUCUGAAGUGCUGGUAGGCUGACCUCACAGUACCCUCUCCCUGCUACUGGACUAAAGCUUUUGUUGGCGUGAUGUGUUGCUAAGAUGUUGAUCCUUUCUUCUUAAGAGACAGUGUCUAAUUACAUCACAAGUACUGUUGGGUCAGUAGUAUCCCAAUUUUGGGAAUAUUUAUAUGUGAAAAAUUAUACAUCUUAUAACUGAUUAAACAGGAUAAUGGCAGUUGAGACUGCACAAGUGAUU